AACGUUUGCUUUCUCCUUCCUUCUAUGGCGUCGUAUGCGGGAAUUUUGAGAUGGCAGUGUUAUGUGUUUACUCUACUGAGAUCCAGGAGGAGUUGUUUAUGCGCGAAAUCUGCUAUUUUUAGUCGUAUGUAUGUGUCAGAUCAUAUGUGAAAAUGCUGCAGAAUAUCUGCUUCUGGACUAAUUACUUUUGAGCAGAAAUAGAUGUGGCAAUCUUUAUAUGCAGCUCAAGUGAUGUUAUACGGUUUUAAGUUUUGAGCUGCUGUGUGACAUUGGAUUCUCUGAAGAUAAAUAAUUUUUAGUAAUUUUAGUCACUUACGGUCCACGAUGAUUAAGUCUAAAUCCAGCUAAUCUUCCGUUUUACCAAAGUCACCUAAAAAAAUUGCAGCUGGAAUUACAAAAGUCCCCAUUUCACUGAAGAUAAAGGAUGAAAGUGCUCCCUGCUCUCCAAUCCCUUCUGCUGUCCUAGAGACACCUGACAGUCUGAGGAGCGACAACCCUUCAGACACUUCAUAUGAGAACCGCUCACCUGUGUCCCGUGGCCUACUUACUAAAUGUGUCAGGGGUAAACCUAGCCUGAUGGCACGUAAGCUGAUGCAGCCACAGAAAAACAGCAAUCUAGAGCCAGAAGACACUUUUGAGCCUAAGAAUGGCGUAAGUCACUCCGGCUCUGUGAAGAGGUUGUUGCACAGCUCCGAGAACAUCCAGAGUGCAAAGCAGUCCAGGACCAUGCAAGUUCAGAAACUUCCCGAUUUUGACACAAGCUCACCAAGGGCUUCAUCUUCGGGAACGUUACAGAGAGCAUUCUCAAAUUGUCAAAAUUCUCAAAACGGAAAAACUAAUGGUUUCUCAUAGGUCUCAAAAAAUCCUUUCAUCAGCUUAGCUUUAGUACCAGUGAGAAAGAGAAUUCACUUGCUCUAAGCAUGAAGCCCGAGAUGGACUUUAGUACGGUUUCUGAAACAAAUGACUUUGAUCUUGUGAUGUCAUAUAGUUUGUGGAUACAAAGUGGAUCUACUGAAGGAAAAGAUACUUUUCUCAACUGUCUAGUCACUACGAAGAGACCCUUGAGUACUGCUGUUUUGCAAGUAAAAGACAAAAUUGCUGAUGGAGAGACUUUGCCAGCCCCAUUUGAAGAUGAUUUCACUGAUCUGAUAGACUAUUGGUUUGAUGAUGGUGUGGAGCAAAAAACUGAAUCUGAGGCGCCAAAACCCAAGAAGUUCAGUCACGAGCAUUUGAUGGUGGAUCUAAGCAGAUGUUAAAUGGUACCAUAGUUCAUGAUAUCUUCCAAAAAGCAGCCAUGUCUUCAGAUGUCUCCCCAGAGCGGAUACAGACAUUUGCUGCAGAGGCCCUUAGAAGCCCCAGCUACCUCAGACAAAUGCUGUGUUUGUCUUGUACUUGCUUUAAUUAGGUAUAGCCUAAAGCUGACCCAGGCUGACAUGAGACAGGAAGUAGAAGAAUAUCUUCCCUCUUUAUCUGAAUGGGCAAAACACUAUGUCCACACUUCACCGCUGGCUGGCCAAAAGCAGCUCACUCUCAAACUCGCGACAGUCACAGAUUUUGUGGACAUUGAAGAGAACAUGUGGUGUCCACUUUUUGGACUGAAGGGGAAGAUGGAUGUCACAGCUGGAGUUAGGAUUCAUCGGAGAGGCAGAAAGCCCACAGAGAGGAUUGUGCCAAUGGAGCUGAAAACUGGCAAGGAGUCCAACUCCAUUGAGCAUCGCAGUCAGCUAGACGCUGCGAUCCAGAGGCUGGCUUUCUUGUCUACUUGUCUACUGGCAGUCUACAUCCUGUUGUGGGUAACCACAUGGACAGGAGAGGUUUUAAUUUUAAGUAGGCUGAAUGUGACCAUCAGUAGAGCCAAACACAAGCUCCUCAUGCUGGGCUCGGCGCCCACCCUUCGCCGAUACGCACCACUAGAGAAACUUCUCAGCCACCUUCAACAGGAAGAUAUGAUCUCCUUUACAAGUGUUUACGAAUGAGAAUCUAAUUGCAGGUACAUUCAGUAACUUUUUUUGUCACUCUGUCAUUGAGAUUAAUAAAUUAACAACUUAUGGAAACCACAUUUUUUUAAAUUCUCCUUAAUCAAAGUCACAUCUUCCAGCUGCCUGCUGCUGCCUAUGAGGCACUACCCAGGGUGCACUUGUGAUGAGAACAAAAACCUCUUUUGAUUCAUAGUGUAUGUCACAAAGAUACUGCUGUGAAACAGUUACUUGAAAGACAUUUGUGAAAUGGUAUACAUAAGCUUCAGAUAACUAUAGACACUUUUUUUGUUUUAAUGAUGGAUGUGAAGUUUAAUAAUAAAUCAGUGCUGACAGGCCCUAGUACAUCAUUUUCACUUGUGAGUUUUUUUAUUUUUACUUUACACAAUUAAUUCUCACUACCUCCUGUUGCAUAUUUUUUAAAUCCAUUACAGUUUUAUCCAUGCAAGUGUUUUGUGUAUGUGCAUUAUAUAUAUAUAAGAAUUUUAAGUUUAAUGUUUUUUUUAAUAAAAAAUUGAUGCAAAUACUACAUUAUCUUUUACUUUUUUUUUCCCCCACCGAAGACCAUUGACCACUAAAGAGAUAGAAAUAAAAAAAAGUUUGCCGUCUGUGAAUUUGCACUUUAUUAAAUGGUACCUAACUUAUAAUGCACCUACACAUUAAUGUUAAGAGCCACAAAAAUUCCCUGCACCUUUCAAGUAUUUUUUAAAGCAGUAUUUGAAGUUAAGAUAGGCUUUGACCCUAGUGAAAUAAAAGGCUCAGAUUAAAAGUACAGACUCAAGAUUUCAAAAUGCCUUUUUAGAGAAACUUUUUUUUUUUACUGUCAUGUUAUCUGUAAAAGAGAGUGGAAAAGAAGAUAAUGCUGAUCUAUCAUUUUUUUUUUAAUUAUAUUUAUAUUCUACAUUCCACACUAAACCAGUAGCAGUAUUGUUCUUUGUUAAUGGCAUUUGCAUUUUCACCUAUUGGUAUUUUCUUGUAAAUACCUUUUAUUGUAGACUUUAUUAUACAAUCUAAAUGAAAAGGCAGUUUGCCACCAUCCAUCAGAGCAGCUGCUGGGAUUCUCCUGUAGGAUGACCAAUGCCUGAUGAGGGAUGUUCAGUUAACCAUCAUCUCUGAUCUCUCGCUUCAGUUUCUCUCUGUGACUGUAACCAUGGUUUGCUGUAUCCUGGAUCAGUAUCAGAAGAUCUAGCUUUACUCUCCCCAACACACAAUUUUAUUAAUAUUCUGCAAUAAAAUGUAUAAAACAUCCAUUCAGAUUUAAUUUAUUAGUUUAUUAUUUAUUAAUUUAUUCAGACAAUAAUUUUUAUUGUAUUUUGGCACACAAGUAACCACAUUUGUCCAUUCAGCAUACGAAAAAAAA